AUGGCGGUUACACAAAGUAUACAAAAAUCGUUCAGCGAUUUUUAUGCAAACAGCGAUUGCGGGAAAGGUUAAACUUUAUCUCGAAGGACUUUUAUGCAUUUCCGGCUUGGAAAUUUAGGAUAAAUUGUGUGUGAAUAAUUAAUAUAUUGUGUGCAGUGAGGACCUAAUCAAUUAUUUAUUUAUUUAUUUGCAAUAGUGAAUGCAGUGUUAAUUUUAGUGCAAGCGCUCAGAUUAUUAUGUGCGCUAGUUCAAUUUUUGUGUGAAUGAACGGCAUCAGGAUUAUAUUGAAAAGGUUUUGUGUCGCUCCUGGUGAUGACCCUGAGCAAAGACCACUUGGAAAAUACUGGACGAGUAGAAAACAUUCUCAUAGAAGCGAUAUGUCUCUCCUCAAAUUUUUAGCCAUCAAUGCUUUAGAAUUGAGCGCUCCAGCUAGUCCGGCACUUUUGCAAACGCGUAAUGGUGAAUGGAUCCAAUUGUCUGGACAUCCUGCUAGCAUUGCACCUUCUGCACCAGGAGCUGUUUGUAAGCGACUCUCCCGUGCUGAAGGAGAUCACGAAGCCCGCGCUUACCGUGAAUUGGCCGCCGAUCCCUUAGCAUCGCGAUUAGCUCCAGCCUAUUUGGGCGAAUUCUCCUCCGCGUCCAAUUCCGAAGACCGUUACAUUGAAUUGGAAGAUCUUCUCCAUGGAUUCCGAGAUCCUCAUGUAAUGGAUAUUAAGAUCGGACGACGAACAUUUUUGGAAAGUGAGGUCGGAAACUCGGAAGCGCGGAAAGAUCUUUUCAGGAAAAUGGUCGAGGUUGAUCCUGAGGCACCAACGGCCGAGGAAAAGGCAGCGGGGGCAGUUACCAAAAUGAGAUAUAUGACGUUUAGGGAGCAGUUGAGCAGCUCGCAAAGCAAGGGAUUUCGUAUCGAAGCUCUGAAAGUGCGCGGAUCAGCACCUCUAAGCGAUUUGAAACGAGUGCGCUCUCAUAGUGAUGUUGCACGAACUGUUUCCUUAUUCCUAGGAGGGGGCGGUCGUGCCAAGCGAUCUGAUGUUGCUUCUAAACUCCUUAAGAGACUUCGUGAAAUGAGAGAUUUAGCUGAGAGAUCCGAAUUUUUUGCCACACACGAAGUUGUAGGUAGUAGUGUGUUUGUAGCUUUUGACGAUACCAAGGUUGGUGCCUGGUUGAUAGAUUUUGCAAAAGCUAGAAGACUACCGGAAGGUGUAAGAGUAGAUCAUAGAUCACCGUGGACGCCUGGAAAUCAUGAAGAGGGCUUCUUGCAUGGCAUGGAUCAACUAAUUGAGGUUAUUGAAGAAGUCCACCAAUCAAUGACAUGUCCAUCGAUCAAAAAUUGUUCAUCUCGCUCUGCAACACUUGUAUCAUGAGCAAUUAAGAUGGAUGAAUAAUAAAUACUCAAUUGCAUGUUACUUGAACAUUAUCUAACCGUGAGGUGCUUCUGCGAAUAAAUGAUAGUACAAAACAGUUUUGUGGAUUUGACAUCAAUGCGUUUUCAUAGAAAUAUGAAUCCGUGUUUACUAGUGACGGUUUAUAACUUUUAUAAAGUUGUAAUAUUAUUACAAAUUUGCGUUUUAUGGACAAAUGUGGUUAAAACAAAAU